AUUGGUUCUGUCAUGGCGAACCAAUAACAAACCAGCGCGGUUUCGUGUUGAUUCUGCAGUUGUCGUACAUGCUGGAUGAGGCGAACUGAAGAAUUAUACGAUUUUACGAAAAGAAAAACUUCAAAAUAAUAAAUAAAGAUAAAACAGUUUUAUCAUGUUCUGAACUUCCGCGGAAAGUAUUUUCAGACAAAUCUCGUAUCCUUGCAACAAAAUUCAAAAUCAAGUUGGAGCAUGUUAGUUUUUUGAAGUAAAGUGACAGAUUGCAAUCUUCAAUACGAAACGGAAAAAGAACAUGGCUGAUGCUGCGGCAUCCUUAACUUUAAUGAAAAAUGUUCAGGAUUUACGACAGAGACUAGUUGACACUGAGAAAACGUUGAAGAAAAUAACGAAACUUGAAUCAGAAGUUGGUCCUAACCAGGAAAGGACUGAUGACCGCCGGUCAGCUGGGCAGGGGAUGUAUUCUGGAGGACAGUAUGUGUCGUCACUCUCCUACGACUACCAGGGACGAAGAGACAGCAAUGAUGACUUCGUGGAUCGGGAAAGCAUACGUUCAGGGCUCAGCACGUUGCCUGAUUCCUACACAGGAUUCCUCAGUCGUCAGUUCCCAUCAAGUACACCAAACAGACCACAGACAAAACGCCAACUGUCUGAAGACUAUGACUCCGACAACUCGACUUUGGGAAUAUCGGACGCGCUCAACAUGGAGUCGAAGCAGUCAGGUGUCGCCAACACCAGCAGGAAGGUGAUGAGGCAGAAUCAACGGCUCUUGGCCGAGGUCGAAAAAUUAGCAUAUGAACUUCAAGCAGCAAAAAGCAAGACGCGUGAGUUGUCACGUGAGAUGGAGAGUCAGAAAGACAUUGUGCCGGAACUGGAGGACAAGAUUGUUGGACUUCAGGCUGAAACAGAGGCGCAGGACAAGGCCCUGAGGUGUGCGGAGGAGAGGUUUGAGGACAGCCAGCGUGAGGCGGCACAGCUGCAGCAGAAGAUGUCCCGUUGUCAACAGGAAGUGGAGGACAUGAGGACGGAGCUCCGGGAGGAGAGGACGAUUCGCAGAAAUCUUGAAGCACAGAGAGACGAAGCCCUGCAGACCUUCCUGGAAUCUCAGGACUCACUGGAGGAAUAUCAGAAAAAGAUGAAAGACAAAAUCAGAAAGAUGGAGCAGAACGAGGACGACCUGCGAGACUCUGUGGCCCAGUCGACCGGGGAGAGGGAGGAACUGCUGGAGAAACUCACCCAGCAGCAGGUCGCCCUCGACCAACAGGAGGAGGAGAUACAGAGACUGCAGGCCCUGGAAGCUGUGGAGCUGGAGACCAAGGCGGACAUGGAACAGCAGAACCUUGACCUCAGGGAGAACAUCACAAGGAUUACCACCAGAUUCAACCAGCUUGAGGCUGAGCUGAGCUGUGUGGAGAGUGUGAGGAGGGAAAACCUGCGUCUCAAGACACAGUUGCAGAGUCAGGAGCAGCAGCUGAACUUGUGUCAGGACGAGGUGGAGGAAAGUCGCACCAUCCUCGCGCAGCUUGAGCAGUUCACCAUGCAGCUCCAGCUCACACAGGCGGGGGCCAACAAUAGCAAUAAUGACAGUGGGAUGUCCAGCAUGAAUCAGAUGUCCAGUCCAGGGCGGCACAUUAAGUCGGGAGCAGCAGUCAGCUUCAGCAAGACUGCUGGGUCUGGGUUUGAAUCCCUGCCAGGUGCUACCAUCCGUGGAGGUGGCGCCAGAGCUUUACUGUCCGAUCUCAGAUUAAAGUUAUCCAUGAAAGAUGCUGAGAUUCAUCGCUUGCAAACUUGUCUUCAAUCACGUGAGAGGGACAACCCAGCUUCAAUGAUAGAAGGCCUGCGUGCAGAGCUGUCAGCCAUGAUGGAUAAAACUCAACAAGGAAAUUUGAAAAGCCAGGAGAUGGAGAGUGUGCUCAGUCGGGUGGAGUCAGACCGGUCUAAACUGGCUGCACAGCUUUGUGAGAUGAAACGAGAUCUGUCGGAUAAAGAUGCGCAGAUGUUGUCUCAUGAGGCCCGGCUCACCCAGCGGAAUGCCCAGAUCAUCGAGUUCCAGGAGGAUGCAAACAGGAAGAGCACCGAGAUCAACAACUUGGAGAGAGAGCUACGGAAGAAGACUUCCCAGAUGAGCAGUUUGGAGGUACAGUUGGACGAGAAGAUGCGUGAGUUCUCGGCCCACAUUGCUCGGAUGAAGCAGCUGGAGGAGGAGGUGAUUGGUCGCGAGGAGGAGGCAGAUGAACUCCGCCACCAGGUGGCAGCACACCAGGCUGAGAUACGGAAGAAACAUAGCAGCGAUGACAAGAAACAACAGCUCCAUCAGGAACAGUGUCGCGACUAUGAGAAACAGAUAGAUAUUCUUCAAAAUGAGUUGGAGAAAGGUGGGCGGAAGAUGUCUGAGUGUGAGCAUCAAGUGGCUGCGUUGAGGGAGGAAGUGUCGACCAAGUCUGUCCACAGCAAGCACCUGGAACAGACGCUGCAGGAGACCAGGGAGGAGCUGAGUUCCCGGACACAGCAGAGUCAGGAGACGCUGCAGCAACUAGAGGCGCGGGCCACGGAGGGCAACAGUCAGGUGAAGCAGCUGGAGUCAGCUCUACUCCUGUGCAAGGAGGAGAUACGGAGCUACCUCAACACCCUGGAGCAGGCCAGGGACAAGUUUGACCGGGAGAUCGCCAACAGGGAUCAGAGGCUUUCCCGGGCAGAACAAGACUUGAAGGAGACUAAGAUGGAACUGGAGGAGAAGACGGAAUCCAGCCGUGACAUGGACAGGAUGCUGAUGGAGAGACAGGCCAUGCUGCAGCAGAGCUCCAACAGGAUCACGGAGCUGGAGGAGACUCAGGCCGACCUCAACAGACAGAUAUCAAGCCUGGAGCAGCGUCUGCUGAGAGAGAAGGCCCAGUCCAUGACCGAGCUUGAGGCGGCCGAGAGGAAGCUGCACCAGGCUUGUAGCGACAUGGAGACCAAGUCAGCAGAAGGCACUCAUCUCACACAGUCUCUCAGGGAGUUGAAAGAAGAGAAUCGCCACCUGACUAGUGAUCUGUCGUCCCUGGAGCGCCAGCUACAAGAGGAACAGACUGAGAGUGAACAGACAAUAACGCGAAAUGCCAGGCUGGAGAAGGACAACCGCGAUCUGAGGGUGCAGCUGGAGCAGAAGAUGGAGAUAGUGGCGGACAUGGAAGACCAGAUGGCCAGCAGGUCGGAGGAUGCCCAGCAGCAGAUGCAGCUUGUGACGGAACUGGAGGAAGAGAUCAACAGCUUUAAGGGAUCUCUGAAGGAGAACAAAGCUGAGAUGUGCAAACUGGAUGACCAGCUCCAAAGGUCAAAGUUUGAGGUCAAGGCCAAGGAUGACAUGUUGGAGGACCUCCGGGAUGCCCUGAAGAAGACCCAGGAGGAGUUGGGGAUGAUGAGGGAGGAGAAUGAAGAGAUGAAGGAAUCACUUGACACCAGACAGAUGGAGCUCAGCGAGAGGGUCGCACAGGUGACGAAAUUGGACCAAACGAUCAAGGAGACGCACUCGGAGAUGGAACAGAGGAUGCAGAAGCUGGAUGGGACGCUACAGAAAUAUCAGACCGAGAUCCAGGAGAGGACGCGGCAGAUUGCCAACCUGGACGACACUCUGCAGCAGAGUCAGUCGCAGCUGCGGGAGAAGACGUUGCAGUUCCAGCAGUCAGAGCAGCUGCUGCAGCGACACACCAUGGAGCUGCACGCCGCCACGGCCAAGCUGCAGGAACUGCAGAAGGUGACGGAGAGGCAGCAGCACCGCCUGGAGGAUCAGAAGGAGGAGAAUGUGGAGAUCACACAGGAACUUAGACUGACCAGGGAACAGCUGCAGCAGCAACACGGGGAGUUUAUGGAGACGAGGCGGGAGCUGGCACAGUCACACCGAGAACAGGAUCGACUUGCACGGGAGUUGGAGGAGGCUGUCCUGCUUGCCCACAACAGAGACUCUGAGGUCACGCGCCUGGAGGAGAAGAUGAAGGAAUGUGAAGGUCGGGAAACUCAAACAGAGGCUCGGUUGAUGUCUGAAGUCGAGUCACUGAAGGAGGAGAUUGAUGCUUUACAACAAAAGCAUCAAGAAGAGCUUGCCAGCUGCCAUGACAGUCAGCAGGAGAGGCAGUCAAACUACGCACAGCUUGAAGGUCAGCUGACGGUUGCCCGGCAACAGCUGUUGCAGCAGGAAGAGCAACACCAGGAGGCGCUGGAGAAGGUCAAGGACGACCUGGACUGUCUGCAGAACGAGCUAAUUGCCAGGAAGGAGGUCAUAGAUACAGCUAAUGAGACCAUCAUAAUCAAGGAGUCUGAGAUUGCAAGACUCCAGGCAAGGGUGUCCGGGUUUGAGAGGGCAGCACUGAGCCAGAUGCAGUCUGGGAAGAGUUUCAUUCACCAACCAAUGAUUGAAGCCGGUCACAGAAUGCUGCCCUCUGGUGGGAGAGUCAUGCAGCCAAUAAAUGGACACCAUGCCGAUCAACUUAUACCACAGAAAAUGACAGUGAUACCAGAAAAUGCAUUUGUGAACAAUUCUGUCCCAGUCGAUGAAUCUCAGGGAUAUCGUCAAGUUAAAGCUGUACAUGGUUCCUCGGCCAUGUUUGAUACCCUGCAGUUCCAGAAUGGAACCGGACAUUCCAAUGGCACCGAUUCCACUGUGUUUCAAGGAAUGUAUAUGGAGGCCGUGACUGGACAGAAUGUGUCUUCCCAGAAUUCCUUGAAUGGAGCAGUUCGGACGUUGAAUUUUGAUAAUAUUUCAGAAAGCGAUGCCAACAUGACAGGCCUAAGUUAUAGAGGAAAUAAUAUGCAUAUGUCAGAGUUCAUUCAGCAGAAAGUGCCAAAACAGAUAGCAGACUUUCCUGUUGUUCAUGAUGACCCUGUGACAGCGGUGGGGGUUUACGACCAUCACCGUGUGGACGAGGAUUCAGAGGCUGACACCACAGGGCCUGACCCAGAACAGUGUAUGCUGGAGCUGCAGGAGAGACUGAGGUCAAAUGAGCUGAGACAGCAGGCAAUCGAGAGACAACUACUGAACAUCGACGAUGACGAGACACUGCAGGAUGACAGCAACUCGUAGCUGGCAUAGGACAUCUUGGCUGAUGAUAUCUGUCUGAGAUUGGACUUCCAAUCUGAUCAUGUCUCUUCCUAUCUUCCUGUCUGAAGGUGUCUCUGUCAAGGAUGCAGACACAGGAUUUCCUGGCUCAGGAUCUCUCUGCCCGAGGUUUUUUCUGGCUGACAUGGGACUUCCUGUCAGAUAUGGGAUUUCCUGUCUGACAUGGGACUUCUUGUCUGAUAUGGGACUUCCUGUCUGACAUGGGACUUCCUGUCUGAUAUGGGACUUCCUGUCUGACAUGGGACUUCCUGUCUGACAUGGGACUUCCUGUCUGAUAUGGGACUUCCUGUCUGACAUGGGACUUCCUGUCUGAAGGUGUCUCUGUCUGAGAUAGGACUUCCUGUCUCCAUCAGGGAUGCUGACACAGGAAGUCAUCAAAGUAUUUGCAAACUGUGAUAGACCCAGGGACAAGAUGGUAGUUUGUAUGUUCCUGUUGUCAUACAUUAUUAAUUAGGUCUAGAAUCAAAUCAAAUACCAUAUUUUCAAUAGGCCAACACUUUGACUUGAGGUUGUUUUCUUCAGAGAGGCCUGGUGCUGUGGUUGUGGUAGACCAUGUAUGCACCCAGGGAGUUGGGGGGAAUUUUAAGCUAUGGCAGACAAAUUUGGAGAAAACAGAAUUAAUGUCUUUAAAAUAUUUGAAACUUUAUAUGUAUAUUGAUAUUAGGCCACUAAUGUUUCCCAUACAUGGCCAUAUCCACAAACACACAUCAUUAAUGUGGGACUAGGCUCGGGUCAGUUGGUAGUCAUUCAAACCCUGCACUGUCUGUGAACAAAACAUUGUUGUGUAUAUAAAGCAGUUAUUUGCUCAAGGACACAAGGACAACAUUGUCUCAGUUCAACUCCAGUCACUAGGUACAUCACCAUGGAACCCUGGAAUCCUAACCCCUAGUCAUCUGUUAACUGCCACUGUUGUCUUUGUUUGAAGGGGCACAGGUGGCCGACAUGUCCAAAGUGACACAAUUCACACUGCGGAGUUGUCUCCCUUAGUAGUUCCAAGAUGGUGGCUAUGAAUCCCAGUUUUGUCAUGAUCAUGUUUCUAGCUUUGUCAGCACUAUACCUGUGUUUUUGGAUUUGACCAAAGUGGUAAUACGUCUAAGACCUGCAUCACUUCGGGCUUUCCUCCUACAUUAAACUGACACACUGAAAUGUAACAAACUGUUAACUCACUCACUCAUCAACUGAAUGAUGUGUAUUUGUUCAACCAAAUUAAUGUGGUAAUGAAUUCCCAAGUCAUAUUCAGUAUUUUGUAUAUCCAAAGGGAGAUUGGUGGUAUGGGUGGCCUAGUCAUCUAAGCAGCGACAAUUUGCUAUGCAGAGUUGCAUCCCUUUGUACCCGAUUAUGUUUCUAGUUUUAUCAGCACCAUAUCCGUGUUUGUGGGUUUCACCAAAGUGGUAAACGUCUAAGGCCUGCAUCACUUCGGGCUCUCCUCCCACACUGAGCUGACACGCUGUGAUAUAACUGGAAUUCUGAUCAAAGGGGUGUUCAUUCUAAAUCACUCCCCCAAAGAGAGACGUUAUAUUUGCAUUUCCUGAGAACUGUGUUCAUAUGUUUUCUUUCCUUGUUCCAUCUUCCUGACUAGCCGUGAAUAGCUGCAAUAUUGCUGAUGCGGCUUAAAGCAAUAUUUAUUCACUCACACACUCUUUCAUUCCAUAACAGUUACUUUCAGAAAUGUAACCAGUCAGUAAUAUUUGUGUGGUUACCAUAGUAACCAGUGGUAUAUAGUCAAUAAAACAUCACCUGUAUUUAGUGUUUGUCAGUAUCUAUACGUCAGGAGCUCAUUCACAUAUCUAUGUUUAUGUAAAAUGAGCAAAGUUAUAUUACAUGUACCAUAUUUGACAUAUUAUUUGCCCCUGAUGAGUAAUUUUUAUGCACACCCCCUAAGACAAAAAAUCUAAUAUUAUAAAAAAGUGUUGGUUUUAAUGACUUUUGAAUGAAGCUUGUUCACUUCCCCUUAACCUCUGAAAACUAUUUAAUUUGUCUGUGGUUUUCUUUCAGUAUUCUAAGUGAGCACUUAUUAUGUCAAAUAUGGUAAUUGGACUUAAUAGUUAUGUGUUUGUUGGUGUGAUUAUUAUUGAUCUAUUUACCCCUUUGUUUCAUAUGUGCUGUAUUCGGAACAUGAAAAAUAAUGUGCUUCCUGUUUGUCACUGUGUAUUUACUUCCGACUGGGAUGAAAGGGGGGAUAAGCAGUGUUAGGCAUUAUGAUUUCCUGUGCGGAGUUGUGUCCCUUGGGCAUCUGCUGGUCUGGGGUCUGCUUCCCAGGUUUGUAUUAAUUACAUUCCUGGGUCUGUGGGCACCAUACCCAUGCUCAUGGGUUUAAGUCAAGAAUUUGUCUUAAUAGUCCCAGACCCUUGAAGAUCAGAGGUAGAAUAGGUCUUCAGUAACCCUUGCUUGCCAUAUGAGGCGACUAUGCUUGUAGUAAGAGGCGACUA